AUGAUGAUCGAGCAGUGGAAAUAUCUUCCAGAAGGGAUUCUGAUGGACAUCCUGACAUGGUUACCAGUUAAAUCCGUCUUGAGGUUCAGGUGUGUAUCUAGGAAGUGGUGCAAUCAUUUUACGAACCCUGAUUUCAUUAAACUGCAUGCUAAUCAUUCUACUCAUUGUAGUCUCAUCCUUACAAAACAAGAUCCAAACAAAUUCUAUUCAGGAAUACAAAGUGAACCUUAUUCUGCUUCAUGUCCUUGCCUUGAUCACAACAUUUCUGGAGAUGAUGUUACAUUUGAUUUGUCUAUUGAGUAUCGCUGUCCAUUUCACUACUGGAAAUGUUAUAUUCAUAUCAUUGGUAUCUAUAAUGGAUUGAUUUGCCUCCGUUCUGAUCCUAAACUGUUAUGCAUUUGGAACCCAGUUACUAACGAGUAUAAGAAAUUACCAGAGAUUCCAGAUUUACCUCCACAAAUAGCAGGUUUAGUACCAGUUUUCGUUAAUACUCCAACAUAUGGGUUUGGUUUUGAUUGUAAGACUGGCGAUUAUAAGGUAGUGAAAAUCCUUACACCUGGGAGAGGGAAGGGUUCUAAAGUUUGGAUUUAUACUUCAGGAACAGAUUCAUGGAGAGUGCUUGAGGAUAUCUAUUAUGUAGUUUAUUUAUCUGGAGAAAAUGGAGUGUUUUUAAAUGGAGUUCUUCAUUGGAUGGUGCAACCCAGUGACAGACCCAUUAGAGUCAUACUUUCUUUCGGUGUUGGGAAUGAGAAAUUCGGGGAAUUGCAGCUGCCAAUGCCUCUGAGCGGUGAACCUGAAGGUAAGAAUUAUUACAAGUCAUCUAUUGGCUUGUUGGAUGGUAAACUUUGCUUAUCUUGGUACAUCAGGGAUGGGAAUGUAGAUGUAUGGGUUAUGAAGAAUUAUGGUGUUAUAGAAUCGUGGACUAAACUUUUCAGUGUUAGCAGGCUAAAAGAAGAUAUCGAGUAUUUGAGGCCAGUACAAUCUUUAAAGAAUGGUGAUAUCUUAUUAUUUGGUCGGCCUUUGAACCAGUUAUCCCGGUAUAACGGGGAUUUAAUCUUCUAUAACCCAAAUAGUGGAAAUGCUAGGUUCUUGGAUACUAGUGGUUAUAAAAAACUGGACGAUGCCCGCGCUUAUGUUGGUAGUCUGGUUUCAGUUAAAUCAAUUUUUACUGCAGGUCAAGAAGACGUGGAGCAGGCGAUGUCACAGUAA